AUGUCAAUCCUGCAGAACGAGGAGGAACGAGGAAGCUCCCUAAAGAUUAGUGUUCAGUUCUGUGCCCCCGCUGGCUUCCCGCGUUUCCUGAAUGUCUUCUCCGUGAUCGUGGCGAAGAAGAACGAGAAGGUGGAACUGGAGUGUCAGACGCAGGGCGAUCCCCCGCCGACCGUGCGCUGGUACAAGGACAGCAUUCCCGUCGACCUGACCAGUCCGCGGUUUGUCAAAAACGGUAAGCCUACGCGCGGGGCUGGAGCUGCCGCUGGUUGUUGUUGCUAUCUCCUCCCCCUACCCGUCCAGCCGGGCACCAAUUCUAUCAGGCUGCCCAUUAUACAGGCGUUUUGUCCGGCCAGUCCAGCCUCUUAA